AUGUGUGAAUGCUUUCCCCAAGACUAUAAACGACCUUCGAUAUGGGUUGCUUCUAUGCGAGGGAAUGUCCCACCUCAUGCCGUCGUGGGAGGUGAGGCUUUUGGGAAUGUUCUAUACGUCUGUCGUGUUAACCACUUCGGCGCAGUCCUCAUCGGCAAACUAUUGCCCUGCAACGGAUGCUGUUACAUUGGCUGGAAAGGAUGCGAGUUCGCAUACUAUGAAUACGAAGUCUUGUGCAAUCCAGAAAACACGAAGUUGUCUUGGGAAUGGUACUGUGGCAAGGGGGAGUUGCCUAAGGGAGCUCUGCAAGGGGGUUGCUCGGCAGAAGGAGAGUGUCUUUACAUCGGAAGAAAGUGGCACGAAGGUACAGUUGGUAUUGGAACUGUUGUGCCCAGUCAAAGGCGGAUGUAUGCUUCGUUCUGGGGCACGGUGUACUCUUACUGUGAAUUUGAAAUAUUAACUUGCACUUUGAUUAAUUUCUAG